AUGCGGAUCUUAAUUAGUUUAGCGAUACUGGUUUGCGCCGUGGAGGCUGCGAAGAAAUUCGAGGGAACCCUGAGGUCGGCAGCUGAAGCUCCGCCUCAAGACAAUCUAGCUGUGGAGUCAGAAUCACCCGAACCAGCCGUCGUAGAUGCUCCUCAAGAAUACAAAAAUCCGGGAGCGCCACCUCCCGAAAAAGUUGAAGAUGAACCUGAAGACGCUGCAGUAGAUGAGCCAUCUCCGGUACCAGAGACCGCUGCUGGCAUUCCACCUUCCGCACCCAGCGGAAUAUCAGCUCCUUCCGCGCCAGCAAAUUCUUUAGAAGAAUGUGAUUCCGAAAUGAUAGGAUUUGAACUUGUCACAGGGUACGUCUUCUCCGCACCAUCUCACAUCCUCGAUGACAUCCCCGGCACUUUGAUGCUAACAGAUUGUCUAGAACAAUGCCAAGCGAACGACACCUGCCGCGCAGUGAACUACGAAACGGGAUUGUGCGUUCUCUUCAGCUCAGAUGCAGACCAAUUACCUGGAGCCUUAACGAAAUCUCAAUUCCCCGUAUUCACAAUCUACGCUCAAAAAUCAUGCCUCGGUGUUAAACCUUGCGAGCGGGCUUGGUGCUUUGAUCGUGUGCGCGGCUACCACCUCAAAGGGCGCGGCAAGAAAACUCACACAGUCAGCUCUAGACAAAUGUGUCUUGACCUCUGCUUGGGAGAAAAUGAAUUUGUUUGCAGAUCGGCGAACUACAAUAACAAAACAGGCGAGUGCGUUCUAUCAAACAUGGAUCGUAUUACGUUGGGCGGCACCAAUUCUUUCCAGCCGAAUGAAGAUACCGACUACCUGGAAAACAAUUGCGUAGAAGAGCCCACGAAGCUGUGCGAGUUCAAAAAGAUGAGCGGACGAAUUCUUAAAACAGUGGACUCUGUGUAUCAAGAUGUCCAGACAGUGGAAGAAUGUCGGGAACUUUGCCUGAACUCACCCUUCCGUUGUCAUUCUUAUGACCACGGUGAUACUGGUGAUCACGUUUGCCGAUUGUCUCAUCACUCUAAGGCCACUCUCGCUGAUAUCCAGGACCCCUACUUGGAAGUUCCCGAAGCAGCCACAUACGAACUGUCCUCGUGCUACAACGUAUCGAUUGAUUGCCGCGCCGGUGACAUGGUCGCCAAAAUCCAAACUUCGAAAUUAUUCGACGGAAAGAUUUAUGCUAAAGGAAGCCCUAACUCUUGCGUGGUAGACGUCAAACAAAGUUUAGAAUUCGAACUGCACAUGGGUUACAACAACAUUGAGUGCAACGUCAAGCAAAACGGACUUGGCAGAUAUCUCAAUGACGUGGUAAUCCAGCAUCACGACACGAUUGUCACCUCUUCUGAUCUCGGAUUAGCCGUGACUUGUCAGUAUGAUUUGACAAAUAAAACCGUUGCGAAUGAGGUGGAUCUCGGAAUUCACGGUGAUAUUCAGACUGGUCUGUCCGAGGAGGUCAUUGUCGACUCGCCGAAUGUGGCAAUGAAGAUUACCGAUAGGAGUGGAGACGACACCAUUGCUUCAGCUGAAGUUGGAGAUCCCUUGGCUCUUAAAUUCGAGAUUAUGGAUCCAAACUCACCCUUCGAAAUAUUUGUACGCGAACUCGUUGCUAUGGAUGGUGUGGAUUCGAGUGAAAUCACCCUUAUCGACAGCGACGGUUGCCCUACGGAUCAUUUCAUUAUGGGGCCUCUCUUCAAGUCUACAUCAACUGGAAAGAUACUUCUUUCAAACUUCGACGCUUUCAAGUUCCCCUCAUCCGAAGUUGUACAAUUCCGCGCUCUGGUGACACCGUGUAUGCCAGCUUGUGAACCCGUUGUGUGCGAUGGCGGCCCCAACGAAUUGCGUUCAGUCAUGUCGUACGGACGUAGGAAGAGGCGCUCCACCCCAGCAGCUCCUACUGACGACAUGCUCCUAGUACAAACCAUCCAAAUUACCGACAAAUUCGGUUUCGAUAAGCAACGUGCGAAGAAUGUUACCGAAGACUCAGUAUUUGUUAGAGAGACCGAUGUGACUUGCGUCAAUGCCUCUGGAGCAAUGUUAGCUGCCGCAGCGUUCAUCGCAGCUCAAUUAGUCGUACUUGCUGCGUGGACCUGCAGUUGGCAGCGCAGACGUGCCGCCGCGAAGGCCGCUGAACUUCUGCCAGGACCCAACGCUCCUUCAUCUCUCUGCAAAGUCUACGAUGCUAGUUUCUCCCGAGCGCACCAGCGGCACUUCUGA